AUGCUCGGUGUAAACCAUCCGGCAGUGGCCUUAACUGAAGGUUGUAUGCACCCGGAUCUGCUGGCAAAUUCGAUGAGUAAGACUGCCAUAAAAGCGGUGAGUGACUUAGCAUUGAUAGUUGGUGUCAAGGAGGCGACGACUGCAACCACCAGGGGAUUGUUGAGACCACUUCUAGAAAUGCCCCCAUUCUUGGAGCCAAACAUAUUGCAUCAGAAGCUGGAUCCAAGAGUGGAGCUGUAGCAAUCAUAAAAGCUGGCUCUACAGCGGCCUCCAAGGCAAGCAAAGAGAUCAUGAAAAGAGGAUACAGGGCUUCGCAAAGUUACAGCCAAAUCAGCUGCAAAAGCCACAGCCUGAUUAUUGUACGGCCUUUCUGGUUUUAGAUGCCAUAGAACUGCAUUCCACAGUCAGGGAUAUCGUCGAGAACAAAGGCUCCGAUGCAUCCAGAAGCCUCAGAGAAAAAGCAGAUGAACUGGAAGUACUCGUGUUUACAUGA